UCACAUGUUACACUCGCGGUUGACAGUCACUCGAUUGAAGUUAUCAGCGGUGUUACUUCACCAUGGUGAAGAGGAAAACAACACGCGAGCAGAGCUGAGGAGGAAGACGGCUUCUUGUUUAUGCCUUCAGCUUCAUCUGCGACUUUUUAAGGAUAUACCUACUCACGAUGCAUCUGAGAACAUUGCUUUCGUGAAGUUUAAGAAGAAUUACGCGUGGACUUGUUUUCGCGGCGGUAUGUCGCAGUGAGCUCGAAGCACGCUCGGAGACUUGUACACAGCGUCCUUUUGAAUCUCGGCCGAAGUGACAGUCAGCCGGUGGAGGUUUACCUGAGCAGGUGAAUCAUGUCCAAGCCCAUGGAUCACGUUAAGCGUCCCAUGAACGCGUUCAUGGUGUGGUCCCGAGCGCAGCGGCGGAAGAUGGCCCAAGAAAACCCGAAAAUGCACAAUUCCGAGAUCAGCAAGCGGCUCGGAGCGGAGUGGAAACUUCUGACGGAGUCCGAGAAGAGGCCGUUCAUCGACGAGGCGAAGCGACUGCGGGCGAUGCACAUGAAGGAACACCCUGACUACAAAUACAGACCCAGGCGAAAGCCUAAGACUUUAAUGAAGAAAGACAAAUUCGCGUUCCCCAUGGCGUAUAACUUGGGUGAGCACGAGGCGCUGAAAGUGGGCGGCUUACCGAGUGGAGCGUUUACCGAGUCGUUUAUGUGCAACCCGGACAAGGCAGCAGCAGCGGCGGCGGCAGCAGCAGCAAGGGUGUUCUUCGGCCCUUCCAUGUCUACAAACCCCUAUUCGUUUUUUGACCUCGGUUCAAAAAUGACAGAGCUUUCUCCACCGUCUUUCUCAUACGCUUCACCUUUGGGUUACCCAACAGCGGCGACGGCUUUCUCUGGAGCGGGCGCACACACUCACACGCACUCCCAUCCAUCACCGGGUAACCCGGGCUACAUGAUCCCGUGUAACUGCGCGGCGUGGCCGUCUGCAGGGCUCCAGCCACCCCUUGCCUACAUUUUAUUACCUGGAAUGGGCAAACCACAGCUUGAACCGUAUCCCGCGUACGCGGCGGCGUUAUGAGACUCUGAGAAAGUUUCUAAAUGUGAAGAAAAAAAAAAGAAAGAAAAAAAACGCAAUACACGCGGAGCAUGAACAUGUGAUGCCACGAUCUUCAUAUCAGAUAUCACAUGUGUUUGCAUCAUGAUUAAUGCCUUGAUGUAAGGUAAAACUCUCUGACGUUCUGUUCGGUGUGGAUAUUAAUGAAAAACGACAAUGUGCUGAAUGAAUCCAGAAUGCCCUUAUCAAUGU